GUGGGGUGACAAAAGUAGGGCAUAGGACCAAUGGAAGGAAGAACAAAAGAGACUCAAUGCCUUUAUACAAGACUAAUCCCUAAUCAAAAACCUAUUUAGUUCCUUUGUUCCCACACACUCCAUGUGCCUUUGUAUUUCCAUCUCUCCCCAUAAAUACUCUCCUUUCUUCCUAUUCUUCCCCACACAACUCAAAGAAACAAUACUUUAAGCCACCCCAAUUGAACCUUUUCCCCCUUAAUUCUUCUCAUAUCAAGAACCAAAAUGGCUCUAAAGAAAUCAAGCAGACACUUUACUCAAACAGCAGCCUUCAAACAAAUUAUGAAAGGCUGUUCAAGCUUUGGAAAGAAUGAGAAUGGAUACCCUCAAGAUGUACCAAAAGGCCACUUUGUUGUAUAUGUGGGUGAAAAUAGGAGCAGAUACAUAAUUCCUAUUUCUUGGUUGACACAUCCUGAAUUUCAAAGUUUGCUUCAAAGGGCUGAAGAAGAAUUUGGAUUCAACCAUGAUAUGGGACUUACUAUCCCUUGUGAUGAAGAGGAUUUUUGCUCUCUAAUAUCAAUGUUCAGAUUAAAAACAUUGAGGGACUUGAGUUGAUAAUCUUUACUUAUACAGAGUAUAUUUUUUUACUUGGAAAUUAUCAGUGAGCUGCCGCUGAAGAGAUGAAAAGUAAGACUGCGUACAAACGACCUAACGUUGUCCAAUCUUUCUCUGGAGCCUAGAUCACGUGCACAACAUGAACUUAGUGCGCAGACAUAAUGGCAUCAAGUGAAUAGUUAAGUUCAACUAAGAAAGAAACCCCAUCUAACUCUUUAGGGGGUGAGUUUGUACAAUCACAUGUACUUAAUAUUUUGAUCAGCGGUUUUUAAAAAUUGUUGGUAUUGCUGUUCAUGAGAAAAAAGAGAUAUUAUAUUUCACCAAUAUUUUCUAUGCAACGUAACUGCCCGUUUUGUGUAAGAAUUUACACCUGAUAAAUUUCUAUGUGACGUUUAUGAA